AUGGAGUAUCAUACAAAAAUCUCUUUUUUCUUUCUGCUUCUAGCCUUCUCAUCUUGCCUCGUCAUCUCUUUCACGGAUCAAGAAGGCGAGAUUGUUCUUCCAUCAUCAACCUCCAUGCUGAAGAUGGUGGUCGAUGACUUCCCUACUUGGCUAAGCGAUGUGGACAAGAAGCUGCUUCUAGACUCCACUUCAGAGCUCAAGAAAAACGCCGACGUUAUCGUUGCCAAGGAUGGAACUGGAAAGUUCAAGACCGUGAAGGAGGCGGUUGCGGCUGCGCCGGAGAACAGCAAAACGCGAUACGUGAUUUACGUGAAGCUAGGCAUCUACGAUGAAGUCGUUAAUAUUACCAAGGAGAAAACGAAUCUAACCAUCGUAGGAGACGGCAGGGACUCUACAGUUCUCACCGGAAGUUUAAACGCCAAAGAUGGUUACACCACCUUGGCUUCUGCAACUCUUGCCGUUGAUGCAAUAGGGUUUCUCGCACAAGAUCUUUGCAUCCGGAAUACGGCCGGUCCGGCCAAGGGUCAAGCCGUGGCUCUUCGUGUGAGCGCUGAUUUGGUGGUUAUACACAGGUGCCGUAUUGAGGCGUUUCAAGACACACUCUACGCGUAUAAAUAUCGGCAGUAUUACCGUGAAUGCUACAUAACCGGGACCGUAGAUUUCAUCUGCGGAGACGCAACGGCUGUGUUCCAAUACUGUCAAAUCGAGGCAAGAAACCCGCAUGGAGGAUUGGUCAACGUUAUAACAGCGCAGUCAUGGAACAACAUGACCGAGGAGAGCACGGGAUUUGUGAUCCAAAAGUGCAAUAUCACUGCAACUCAAGAUCUCCUUCCGAUAAAAAGAAAGGUAAAGACGUAUUUAGGACGUCCCUGGGGUAUAUUAUCAAGGGUGGUUAUUAUGGAGUCGUUCAUAGACGAUUUAAUCGCACCAGAGGGUUAUACUCCAAUGAACAGCAGCGAUGUUAAACGUCUCUCCACCUUGUUUUACCGGGAAUACAAAAACACAGGACCAGGAGCCGAUACAAGCAAACGGGUCAAGUGGAAGGGAUUUAAAGUGAUUACUGAUCCCAAAGAAGUGGAGAUGUUCACGGUGGGAGAAUUUAUACAAGGAGAUUUGUGGAUUAACUCCACUGGAGUACCUUACGACGUUGGUCUUUGA